AUGGUCAAAGACGAAGACACUAAGUCAGAAUCUUCCUUCGAAGAUCCCAAGUACGCAGACGUCGAGGCAGAGUCGUCCAGGUGUGAUACUCCAACGGCCACGAUGACGGAGUACGAUACUUCAGACGACGUUGCGUUGUCUCUCCACCCGUUCGCCGAGCGGGACGGCCUCAUCGCGAAGAUCACUCCGCCUAAACAACCCGAGAAGCCAACAGUCCACGUCCCCUGCGACAUUGUCCUCGUCAUCGACGUCUCGGGCAGCAUGGGCGCCAACGCCCCGAUUCCAGCCAACCCUGGUGAGGUAGCAGAGAACUAUGGGCUGUCGGUAUUGGACUUGGUCAGACACGCUGCCCUCACCAUUGUAGAGACCCUGGAUGAGGGUGACAGGCUCGGUAUCGUCACCUUUGCAUCCCAGGUGAAGGUGGUUCAGGAGUUGAUCCCGAUGAACAAGAAGAACAAGGGUCUUGCCAAGAAAAACAUCAAGAAGAUGGUACCCACGGAUGCAACCAACUUAUGGCAAGGCUUGAUGGAAGCUAUCAAGCUGUUCGGCCGGGGAUCAGGCGGGAAGACGGGACGUGUUCCGGCUAUGAUGGUACUGACGGAUGGACAGCCAAACUUGAUGUGCCCUGCCCAGGGAUACGUGCCAAAGAUGCGUGAAGAAGUUAAGAGGCUCAAAGAUGGGCGGCUACCAGCCUCGAUUCACACAUUCGGCUUCGGAUACAACUUGAGAUCUGGUCUUUUGAAGUCGAUCGCCGAGGAAGGUGGUGGGAACUAUGCCUUCAUUCACGAUUCCGGCAUGAUUGGAACCGUCUUUGUUCAUGCUGUCGCUAACUUACAAUCAACAUACGCCAUUAAUGCCACGUUGCGCCUUACCUAUUCUCCCUUGCUUAGCAUUGAAGAGGCGAUGGGCGAGUCUGUUAAUAAGCAAGAAGUAGAGAUCCUUGAAGGUGACGUGAAGAAGGUUAUACCAGAUCGGCAUGAGCUCUCCAUCUCACUCGGAAAUCUGCAAUACGGCCAGUCAAGGGACAUCUACCUCCGGGUAAAUGCACCCGCGAAGCUCACCUCGGAGGAUGCGGUUGUCAAGGCCUCGAUCCAGUACUCUCGCAUGGUAAGCAGCAUUUACGAACAAAGCACCUCACAAUCGCUCCUGGUCCCGACAACUCUUCCCGAAUCUGAGCUCGCCUACCACCUCUCUCGCUCUAAGAUCUGUUCCUUCCUCUCGACCAUCAUCCCCAUUGCUCCCGACGGCGAGCAUAAGGCCUUGUCCCGUAUCUCACCCGAGAAGAUCCAGGAGCUAAAGGCCCUCAUCAAAGACCUACCAGCAAAGCGUUUUCCAUCCGACCCGAACAAUAAGUCCCUCAACGAGGAUCUCGAGGGCGCUCAGCCAAAGGGCCAAGUCUCUCUGGCCUUGACGAACGGGGAAUACUACAGAAAAUGGGGCGUCCACUACAUACCCUCAUACUUGAACGCGCACACCCGCCAAAUCUGCAACACCUUCAAAGACCCUGGGCCGCUACGGUACGGUGACGACAGUCCUCUCUUCAUCGCGUGCAGGAACAGGUUGGAUCACGCGUUUGACAGCAUUCCUCCGCCCAAACCCUCCAACCAGCACACCGCUACCCACCGCGGGCGAGUGCACAUGAGCCACUACAACAGCUCCUCCGGCGUAUGCUUCAUCGCCUCGACGCCUGUACGUCUCGCUUCGAACCGCAGCGUUCCUAUGAAAGCUCUCCGUAGGGGCGUAGAGGUGCAGACGCCUUCUGGUCCGCGCAGGAUCGUCGCUAUUCUGAAGACGCCUGUGCAGAGGGAGAUUAUGUGCCGUGUUGGCGAGCUCGUCGUCACACCCUGGCAUCCCCUGUCUCUCAAUGGUGGCAAGACGUGGACCUUCCCGGCCAAUGUUGCGGAUCGGCCUGUGAGGUACACCGGCUGCAUCUACUCGGUUCUGCUUCAGCCAGACCGAGACUCGAAGGCUCAUGCGAUCAACGUCGCAGGUACAUGGGGCGUGACUCUUGGUCAUGGAAUAGUCACAGGGCAGGACUCGAGGGCCCAUCAAUUCUUUGGCAACUACAGAAAGGUUGUCAGAAGCCUCAGAAAGAUUGGGGUCAGCAAGAAGGGGGUUGCCAUGGGCGGAGGUGUAAGCAGAGACUCAGUUACUGGGUUGGUAUCUGGGUUUGCUCCUCACACGAAGCGGAAUUUGAGUCUGAAUGGAGUUGUGAAUAAUGCUAUCUGUAUGGCUUGA